UAAUACACUGUCAACUUCAGAUUUUCGCUCUCUUUCUUUUUAGAUUUCGUUUUUGCAUUCACCAAUGUCGUCGACUUCGAAGAAGAUAAUAUUGAAGAGCUUCGACGGAGAAAUUUUUGAGGUGGUCGAAGCAGUGGCGCUUCCUUCGCAGACGAUCAAGAACAUGAUCGAGGACAAUUGUGCCGACGAAGAAAUCCCCGUCCCUACCGUCUCCGGUAAGACCUUAUCAAAGGUCCUUGAGUAUUGCAAGAGGCACGCCGAUGUUGCAACCAACGACGAAAAUAACUCGAAUGAACUCAAAGUUUGGGACGCGGAUUUCGUCAACGUUGAUCAAGGCACCAUCUUCGACCUCACCAUGGCUGCGAACUUCUUGAACAUAAAGGAACUGUUGGAUUUGAUGUGCAAAACGGUGGCGGACAUGAUGAGGGGAAAGACGACGGAGCGGAUUCGGAAGACGUUCCACAUCAAGAACGAUUACACCCCUGAAGAAGAAGAAGAGGUGCGGAGGGAGAAUUCGUGGGCUUUCGAUUCUUAAAGGAUUUAGGGUUUUAUUUUAACCAU